GAGGCCCGAUGGUAGCUCCGGCCGAGGGUGCCGUGGCCUGAGAGCAGGGGCAGGGUUUGGUUCGCCAAUGUGCCGUCCAAGCAUCUGAUCGAGGCCAAGAAGGACCAGCAUUGGGUGGUCCUCGAAGGGGAUUACCUGGUUUUUCCGGGCGGAGGCACGAGCUUCCCGCACGGGGUUAGGAAGUACGCGGAGGAUCUCGGGAGGGUGCUGCCGCAGCUGAGGAACGGGGAGAUUAGGACUGUUCUUGAUAUCGGGUGCGGGGUUGCAAGUUUCGGCGGUCACAUUCUUGACUAUAACGUACUGACUAUGUCUGUGGCACCAAGAGAUACACAUGAAGCCCAAGUACAGUUCGCCCUUGAACGUGGAUUGCCAGCUAUGCUGGGAGUUCUUAGUACCACAAGGUUACCAUAUCCAUCUAGGUCCUUUGACAUGGGUCACUGUGCUCGAUGUCUCAUCAAAUGGGCUGGUUAUGGUGGGAGAUAUCUAAUGGAAAUCGAUCGAGUUCUUCGACCUGGUGGCUACUGGGUUUUGUCUGGGCCACCCAUUAAUUGGAAGAACAUGUACAUAGGUUGGAAGAGGACACCACAGGAUUUAGAAGCUGAGCAGAAUGAGCUAGAGGAUCUUGCUAGAAAACUUUGUUGGAAAAAAGUUAUUGAGAAAGGCAUAUUUGCAGUUUGGCAAAAACCUACUAAUCACAUUCACUGUGCUAAGAAGGCCAAGGUUUUGAAUUCUCCUCCAUUUUGUGUCAGACCAGGUCCUGAUGCUGCUUGGUACGAUAAAAUGGACAUCUGCAUGAGUCCUCUUCCAAAGGUGGAAGCUACUGAGGAAACAGCUGGUGGUGCUCUAGCAAAGUGGCCUAAGAGACUAAAUGCUGUACCACCAAGAGUACUUAGUGGGAGCAUAAAAGGACUAACUGCUGAGACCUUCACUCAUGAUAAUCAAAUAUGGAAUAAAAGAAUAUCCAACUAUGAAUAUUAUAUCAGGUUGUCCCAGGGAGGUAAAUACAGAAAUGUUAUGGAUAUGAAUGCUGGCAUAGGUGGUUUUGCUGCAGCAAUGUCCAAGUAUCCGGCUUGGGUUAUGAAUGUAGUUCCCGUGAACUUGGCCAAUAACACUCUAGGCAUCAUAUAUGAGCGUGGCCUUAUCGGAACAUAUAUGGACUGGUGUGAGGGCUUCUCAACUUAUCCUCGAACAUAUGAUCUGAUACAUUCUCAUGGGAUAUUCAGCAUAUAUAUGGAAAAAUGUGACAUCAUAGAGAUCUUACUUGAAAUGGAUCGAAUUCUUCGACCAGAUGGGGCUGUGAUAAUCCGAGACCAUGUUGAUGUGGUGGCAAAGGUGAAGAGAGAGGCUGACAGGUUGCAAUGGAACAGUCGCAUUGUUCACACUGAAAUGGGCCCUUUCCACCCAGAAAAGCUUCUCGUUGUCGACAAUUCCUUAUAGGGGAUCAAGUACUGCGCCAACGAAUUCAAUGAACAAAUCUUGUUGUUCCCUUAACAAUCCAGAAAACACAGGUGAUUUCUUGUUCCUCCCCCUAUUUUUCUUCAGGGAUUAUGUAAAGUUUUGUAAGAAUAAGGAGGAUGUUAGUAUCAUUAGCCAAUUAUUGCUCCACUUUUGCUCACUGUUAGUCUUCUAGUUCUUAUAGACUUAUGCAUAGGAAACAUUGAGAAAACCAUUUAUAUCAUGCUCUUCCUCUUAUAUAACUAUUCUUGUAAGUUCUCGUUCCUUAUUACAGAUUAUUGAUAUUGUUCCUGUCAAUUUGUCUCA